AUGAUCAACAAGACGAUCAACAAGAUCAACAAAUUUUCGAUUCCCAAAGAGGAAGUUCGUAUGCGGAUCAACCGGCUAUGGGGUAAUCCUGGGGAGAGCGGGGAAAUCGCCGAUCUGACCGGGUCACCUCGCGAAUUCAUAAACUCCAACAUCAAUCUGAAAACCAAGCGGACUGGUACCAAACUACUCCUUGUGCUCCGUUCCUGUUACCACUCACGCAUUCGCGCUAAGAAGAUGGCAAAGGCCUGCAACCACUCCAACUUGAACGAAGAAGAGAGAGAGACAUGUACUGCAGGUGCUAGUCCGACAUGCAUCAGAUGUAGCCGUCUCAAGAUUGGCUCCACCGCUCGUCGUACUAAGCGCGCGAGAUACCUCUCUUCUUCCGAAGACUUCCCCCAUGGGGAUUUGCGGGUUUCUACCAUCGUGUCGCGACAUCGCGCUCAGUCCAAGGAAAGCGAGAGCCAUGCCUCAUCUUCCUCACUUAGUGAAUGUUCAUCUUUGAGCUCGCCUACCAGAGAUGACGAAGUUUGGUCGCCGGAAAGUCCCGAUGUGAUGAUAAUAUCACCAGAGAAAUUACUGGCCGCCCCCACCAACUUCCAAACGACGUCAGACGCUUUACGCACUGUUAUGAACGUGGAGCAAUUCUCCGUCAUACAUGCACCAUUCGUCUUUGGAGAAAGCUUUAUUCCGACAUCCCAAAAGACCAUUUAUGUUAUUCUGCAAUUAUCCGCCCCGAUCCUAACCGAAGGAUACCUGGCAUUCCUCGGGCUGAUGACAAACUACCAAAAGUCCCCUGUUAUACGCCGGAAUGAACCCGAUAUGUUCAUGGCUGCGAAAGGACUGCAACGUCUGAGAAGUGUGAAAAUCUCACACGAUUACGACGCAGCUUGCGCUCUCUUCCUGGGUCAGACUAUGUAUGUCUUCAAUAUACUCACGGCACCGUAUUCCUGUACAGCGCACUCUAUCGUUCGGAGCUCCCUCAUGUCAGCCAAACCAUGGCUUCCCAGAUUGAUGCAUACCCCUAUAAUGGACACAAUAACCAUGUCCCCGAUUUUGAUCGACACGGUCGAGUGUUUAGUCCACCGUGAGAUCCCUAUAAUACGACUCGAUCCCCAGCCUCGCCUCAUCGUCGACCGCUAUCUUGGCCUCUGCGCAACACUUCUCCCUCAUCUCUAUGACAUCUGCGAGUGCAGUAAUACCUUGAAGAGAGAAGCUCCCGCUGCUAGAUCCGAAUCAUACUCAGCCCUUCACGACCGACUGGAUGAAUUAGAAGAGUUGAUCCGACGCUGGCGGCCUCAGACCCCUUCUGGACUGUUCGACAGUUACGGCCAGCAUGCAGUUCUAGCAAUGGUGACGCACGCAAAUCUAUAUCGCCUAGCAGCUUUAUUGAUCAUCCACCGGUUGCGAUAUCCGCUGGGAGUCGAAGAUGAGGCAGCAUGGAAACUUGCAAAUGGGAUAUUUUCUGAAUUGUCAUUUUUUGCAAAGUCGGCGAUCAAUGUAAAGGGAUCCACCGCGCUCCCUCUGGUGUUUCCUUUGACGAUGGCUAUGUUUGAGAUACAUGGGCCCGGAGAAGAUCUGAUAGAUCGCUUGGCCUUGGCCUCAUUCACGGUCCAAAGUGCAUGUUUGUCCCGGCUUCAGGACUUUGUCCAGUUGGCUAGGGCAUCGAGAGAGUCUGGAUAUGAGGGCAUUUGGUUUGAAUUGGUUGAUAAACAUCUUCAUGUUGCGGUACCACCAUAG